GUUUAUUCAGGUCCUGGCGUUCUCCGUGAGGCGAUAGCAAGAACCGACUCUUACGACCCGGACAGCUGCUGCACCUAUCGUCCUGGCCUCUAAGUUGACUCUCAGGGACACAAAAAUUGUAUUCUCUCUGGACUAGACACAAGAUAGCUGACAUGAAACUCCCAAACUUUGGCCGUUUCUUCCACAAGCGUUCACGCUCGGACAGUGUCCUCUACCGACGCGCACAGCCGGAGGUGCAGCUGCCUCCGCGCCCGGUCUCGGUCUCCUUCAGCAAUGGCACCAUUCUUUCCCUGGACACGGAACGUUCUAUGCUCUCUGAGUUGCUCUCUGGCGUUCCUAUCACCCCUCUUGCGGUGGCUAUUCCGCGACCUGUCUCUACUAGCACUGUCAGCUCGGGGAGCCAGAUCUCCGCCGCAUCUCAGCCUGUGGUCAUCGACACUCUGGCUAGGCGCAUCCAGGAACUCGAAGACACGAUCCGCACGCAGGAACAGAACCAGACUUCUGUGUCUUCUCUCGAUAGUUCUUUGGAGUCGGCUCAGAAUACGAUACACGACGCGGGGAAGCGAAACUUGGAGCUAGUGGACGAAGUGACCCAACUGCGGUCUGAACUCGAGCUGGCACGAAUCGACCUGGACACUCUCCGCAGCGACCACACGCGUUACAAAGCCCUUCUGGACAUCCCGGUCCUGUCCGCCGUGCUCGCGCACUUGACUGCUGGUGACGACCCCGAGGAGGCUCUUGUCGACGCGAUCAAGCAAGCCAUCAACGAACCCGGCAGUACUUGGCGUACGCUCCUCGAACCCGUUACAGGCCCGCGUUCACCCGAAGACUACAUCGCGCAGGUGAAUUGCACGCUCCGCGCGCGCCGCGAAGGGCGCGACUGGCAGAAGCGCGCGGCGUUCUGGAGACACAGCGCCAAGGAGAACGGGCGUCACAAGGACACGGUCACCCCGUCGGCGUCGCAGCUCUCGGACAUCAUUGUCGACGCACAGGGUGCCCAACGCCGAAGUCGGGCGCCAACUUCGCAGAAACUGGGCGAUUCGGGGACGGUGCUUUCGCUUGUGCAGGUCCAAGUGGAAGUCGUUAGCCAGGUUGAGGUGGAGAAGGCCGUGCCAGAAUCUGUCGAGGUCGUGCCUGCUCCUCUGCGGCUCAUUCGGGAGAGCUCUGGGUCUUCAUCACCCGGUCUGAAUCGGCCUGCUGCGGACGAUGGCAAUGUCGAACGCAAAUCUACCCUGCAAGCUUCGGAAACUAUGCAAACGGUCAAAGAGAACCGCAACGCGGAGCGCGCCGUGUCUCAGCCUUAUGCGAAUCUUCCGCCACUGGCCAGCGUUAUCUUUCGGGAGAGCCAUUCCAUCCGUAGUAUCUCGCCAAAGAAGGAAAGUGUUCUGGUUCCGUCGUCGUCUACUCUUUCGCAAGGCAGCCGAAAGUCGGUCAAAUCCUUCAGAGCAUCAGCAGACGCCGGGCCGUCUACGCCAAGGCAGAACCCUGUCGAGAAUGAUGCACAUAUACCUGGUGAUUGCUCGUUCGAAUCCCUGUCUGCUGGCGUUUCAAUCGCGGAAUGCGCGCCCGCGCCGCCGAGUGCACUGUGGCCUGUAACGGAGGCUAAUACAAGCGGGGCAACUGCGGACUCUGAUUUUAGUUCAACAUCCUGGGACAUGAUCAGCAACUUCAUCAACAAGUCGCUCUCGUUCUCCAGCCUAGCACGAAUUCCCGGUUCCAGCCCCGAGGCAAACUCUAAGUCUACAGAAUCCAAGGCCGGGCCAGCGGAAGCACAGGAACAGAAAGCCCCGGCUCAGCUGGCGCAUUCUCCGAUCCGAGAACCCAAGCCUUCGCGCAUCCCGAGCCCGACCUCGAGCGCCAACAGCACUCCGACGUCGAGCCCGGCGAAAAAGUCGCGCCUGCCGCUGCCGAUUGCAAUGCCGCGGGUCGUGAAGAUUGCGAUGCCGCAGACGGCGCGGCUCAUGCGCCGGUUCUCACGCCAGAUGAUCUCGAAGCCUGUUCUCAUCGACAGCACGAACGCGGCCGCGGUCGGUGACUCGUCGCCAGACGCGAAGGCACGGUUUGACGCGAGGGGCGAUAGGGGUGCGAGGAGCGUGGAGAGGGGCGACAGGGGGGCGAAGAGUGUGGAUAGGAACGGGAGGGGUGCGCCGCGGAAGAUGAACGACGCGCCGAUGCCUGCAGGGAUGGCGAGGGGCCUUGGAAAGGAGAACUUGCCUGCACAGGCCAGAGGGAGGAGGUCGACUCUGGUUGUGAGUGGUGGAUCGUCAGCAAGGACGGCGAGGGUGCGUGCAUGAUGACGUAUCGCGGACCGGGUAGUGGGAUCGUGGCUGGUGGGAGCGUGUAUAGUAGUGGAUAGCAGCAUCGUGUACUGUCUGCAGGCCUUGGACAACAUGACAAGAUCAUCUAUACCUGGUUUCGGUCGUUGUAUGCUGCUGAGUCGCUGAGCGAAGCCACAGUUGCGAUGGCAUAUGUGGCGAAGGGAAUCGCCUUGGUGCGUCGAAGAUCCGACUCGUCAGUGCUCUCUGGUGGAUGAUAUGCCAGAGAUCAAAUGAAAUUUGGGCAUCAAUGA